GUUACGUCAUCUCGAAGCGCCGACGGACGCACGCGAAGGCAAUCGCGUAACAACAAGCUUGUUUUUGAGGACUCCUGAUGUAAAAUGUGUGAAACAUCUUUCUCGUUGGGUCUCCAGGAGCGCAUGCAGAGUUUGCAGGAGCUCACGGAUUUCACAGAGAGUUGUCAAGCAGAACUAAAGGGUUUGUUUGAGGCGCUGGGAUGGAGUCAGGAAUUAGAUUCACAAACCGUUCAGAUGGAAGUGUGUCCAUAUGAUCCAAACCACACAGUCCCGCGGGACAGGAUGGAGAAACACAAAGCAUCCUGUCGGCUCAGUAAGAUGGGAUACUCGAAAGAGGAAAAGGCUGAAAUGUUUGAUCCUUCAGUGUUUUACGAGAACGCUAGCAUUCCUUCGAUUACCAUUGACAAAGAUACAUUUCAUCAAGUGAUUCGGCAGACCCGGGAGAAUGCCCCUCUUAUGAAAUCUACACCAAGUGACACAUCUACAGAUCUCCCUGACGUCCCUCAGAAUCAUAAGCGGGCAUUAUGUGACCUCACUGUGGCUGACCGAUUGGCCAUCUAUGAUCAUGUGAUACAACAAGCCAGUCAGCAGAGUGCAAAGAGAGAACCCAACAACGAGGAUCUUUAUGUAGAUCUUGUUGCAAAGCUUAAAAAAGGAGAAGAACAGAGUGGACCAAAGUCUCAUCUGGAGGUCUUGGCUGAAAUGAGGGACUACAGGAGGCGCAGACAGUCUUACAGAGCGAAAAAUGUUCACAUCACCAAGAAGUCUUACACUGAGGUAAUUCGGGAGGUGAUUGAUAUCCACUCUGGAGAACUAGGCAGGAUUUGGCAGGAAGUGAAGGAUGAGGAGGUCAAAGCGUCACAGCAGUCAUCUCACAGAGGGGCAUCUGAGAGGGGCCGCUCCGCAUCCGUCGAGUCACGUGAGUCUCGUGUCAGCUCCCGAGACGAGCAUGGGCACAAACGGCACCGCAAACACAGCCGUAGCCGCAGUCGUAGUCGCAAGCGUAGCCGGGAGAGGAAAAACAAAAGGAGAGAUUCAGGGUCUCCAGAUGUGCAGAGACAUCAUAAGAAAAAGAAGAAGAAAAAUAAAUCUUGAAGUCUUAAUUUAACAAAUCAGGAAUCAAUGUGUUUUGAUUUCAGAUAUUCUGAGUUGCAUCUGCGUUUUCUCCAUAUUUUUUUUUUAUCGGAUGGUAUGCUACAAUGAAAUUGCUAUAAUAAAAAAAUUACAAAUA